UCGGCAUUUACCCCCGCAUUAGCUAUUAGAAUCAAACAAUUGAUCUAAUUACACACAUAGUUUAUAAAUAACUAUCAGUGAUAAUGCGGACGUUGUGACAAUUGAUAAGGUAGUAAGAUUAAUAACGUGUCAAUCACAUAGAACAUAUACAGAGACUUUCUCUCAAAUCCUCUGCACUUUAACGAGGCAUAUAUCUCUUACUCAUAUCAGAGCUCGUAAUGCCCUUUUUUACAUCGCCGAAAAGGAAAGCAGUAAAAAACUAGCCGAUGAUAUCAUAAUCAUGAUAAAUGACUUACUUAAGAAUGUCACUAUUAGGAUCAUUUCUAGUAUAUAACAAACGUGACGGUCCGUAUCCACCCUUGUCCGUUCCGAUCGCAGUUAUUAGUGCAUUAUAGUUCGCGAUUGUUUAUGCAUUCUGAUAUUUAAAGGUGAUAGUGAGGAACUCAUGACAUUGGAGACGUCAAAAAAAUUUGAACAACAAUUUGAUCCUCAUCGUUCAAAAGAAGAUUAACAAAUUGUACUCCAAGUUAUGAAGUUUAGAAGAUUGAUUUGUACCUAAAUCAUCAAUGACGUAACAUCUUAAGCUUUAGCAAAAAAAAAGCUGGUGGUGACGACAAUCGUGAUAAUCAGCGACUUAAAAAGGAAAUCAGGCCCCUUGUACCCUUAAACAUAAACAACUAUGAUCUCCUCAAAGCCACAACAAGGCCAAGCCGAAUCAAGAUUCAGACGUCCAUCUGUUAACAACCUUGAAAAGUCACUUGCAGAAAUUCUCAAAGAUCAACAAGCAUCAAAAGAAUCAGGUGAACGUCGCGUAAAGCCACUUCCAAAACCAGAAGACAUUAAGCUCAUCUUGUCAGACGUUGAUGGAACACUUCUCGACGAUGAUCACGAUGUUCACCCACGUACCUCAGAAGGUAUUCGUUACAUCAGAAAGAACUUCCCUCACAUCCCAUUCAUUCCUAUCACUGGUAAACAACGUGUUUCAUGUGAACACGUCGCCAAGUGUUGUGGUUUAGAGGACAUGCCUUCAGGUUGUUGCCACGGUUCUAUUAUCUACAACAAUGAAGGUAAACUUGAAUCACAAGUUGGAAUUAAGCCAGAAGUUGUUGUCAAGGUUACUGAAGAACUCAUUAAGGAAAACAAGUCAGUUUUCAUUUACGAACAUGACUCAGUUCACUGUGUAGCCCUUGAGGAACACCCAAGUCUCAACUUCUACGAAAUUACUCGCGGUUAUGAUCCAAGUAUCUCAGACAAGCGUGGUACCGACUACUUGGAAAGAGUUGCAAAGGGUGAAGUUGUUGUAACCAAGAUGUUCCUUCCUAUGGAAGUAUCAGUUGUUCCUGGCCAAAUGGACCACUUGAACUCUAUCUUUAAGAACGGUGAAGACUACAGAAUGACACGUGCACUCAAGGACAUUAUCGAGUUGAUCCCAGCCGGUAUUGACAAGAGUGUCGCACUCGCACACUUCGCAAAGGUAUACAACGUCGACCCAAUCAACAUCAUGACCUUCGGUGAUGGUGAAAACGAUGUCGGUAUGUUCAGAGCAUCUGGUAUGUCUGUAUCCAUGGGCAAUGCUAUGCCAAUGCCAGCACAAAACAGUGACUUCUCAACUGUCACAAACAACGAGGGUGGUGUUGGUAGAUUCCUUGAUGCCUGCUUCAGACCAACCUACAACCCUGAAAACUCCGGCACAGACUCUGGAUACGCUUCAGCUGCAUAGAACCGAUACCAGCAUAGUUAUUUUUAUCAUUUCAACUCGUAUAUUAAGCAUUACUCUUGUUUUCAACUCCCGCUUUCAUAAAUAAUCAAUUAGUCAUUUAUUA